UUUCUGUUGAAGAACAACGGCCUGGGCCAGUGCAACAACUGAUUCGUGCAAAAUCCAGAUAAUGCGCAUGUGUGACCUGCGCAUACAAAGUACGCCUGCAGGCUACUGUUCUGUAAUUAAAUAUUGAUCAAGCUGGAGAUCAGAUUCUGUUUCAUUAUGGAUGACGCACAAACAUCUAGAGAUUUCUCCAGGAUGCAGCCAUGAAGUCCUCAAGAUGUUUAGAUCAAAUCUGAUGAAGAAGUUUGGGCGUCUGUAUGAGGGAACAGCAACACAGGGAAACCCAACACUCCUGAAUGAGAUCUACACAGAGCUCUACAUCACAGAGAGUGAGAGUGGAGAGUUCAGUAAUGAGCAUGAGGUGAGACAGAUUGAGACACAAUCCAGGAGAACAGCAACAGAGGACACAGCCAUCAAAUGCAAUGACAUCUUUAGACCUUUACCUGGACAAGACAAAGCCAUCAGAACUGUGCUGACAAAGGGAGUCGCUGGCAUUGGAAAAACAGUCUCUGUGCAGAAGUUCAUCCUGGACUGGACUGAAGGGAAAGAGAAUCAGGACGUCCAGUUUGUAUUUCCACUUCCUUUCAGAGAAAUCAACUUGAUGAAGGACAAAACAUUUAGUCUUUCAGAACUUCUUCAUGUAUUUUUCCCUGAAACUAAAGAAAUAGAAAUAUCCAGUCAUGAACAUAAGGUAUUAUUCAUCUUUGAUGGUCUUGAUGUGUGUCGUCUGUAUCUGGAUUUUCAGAGCAAUGUGAAGUUGUGUGAUGUAAGUGAAUCAGCCUCAGUGGACACGCUCCUCACGAACCUAAUUGUGGGGAAUCUGCUUCCCUCUGCUCUCAUCUGGAUCACCUCCAGACCAGCAGCAGCUGAUCUCGUCCCCUCUCAGUAUGUCCAUCGAGUGACAGAGGUACAAGGCUUCAAUGAGCCACAGAAGGAGGAAUACUUCAGGAAGAGAAUCAGUGAUCAGAGUCUGGCCGACAGGAUCAUCUCACACCUUAAGUCAUCAAGGAGUCUCUACAUCAUGUGCCACAUCCCAGUGUUCUGCUGGAUCUCAGCCGCUGUUCUAGAGAAGAUGUUGAGUCAAGCAGAGACUGGAGAGAUUCCCAAGACUCUCACUCAAAUGUACACACACUUCCUGAUCCUUCAGACCAACAUCAAACGUGAGAAGGACUAUGAGAAGAAGGUGACAGAUGAAGACAUGAUCCUCAAACUGGGAAGAUUGGCUUUUCAGCAAUUGGUGAAAGGCAAUGUGAUCUUCUAUGAGGAAGACCUGAGAGAGUGUGGCAUUGAUGUGACAGAAGCAUCAGUGUACUCAGGAUUGUGCACUCAGAUCUUCAGAGAGGAGUUUGGCUUGUAUCAGGGGAAAGUCUUCUGCUUUGUUCAUCUGAGUAUUCAGGAACAUCUAGCAGCUCUAUAUGCGCACCUCUCCUGGACAAACCACAACAGAAAUGUGUUUGACCAAAUCACCAAUCAGAGUUUGCAAUCUAAAGUUAUGGACUCAUUUAGAUUUCAACAUGUUUCAUUAUCUGAUCUGCAUCAGAGAGCUGUGGAUGAGGCUCUACAGAGUAAAAAUGGACAUCUGGAUCUUUUCCUGCGGUUUCUUCUGGGUUUGUCAAUGGAGUCUCAUCAGAUUAUCCUUCAAGGACUGAUGAAACAGACAAAAAGCAGAUCUGACAGCAGUGAGAAAACAGUUGAGUACAUCAAGAAAAAGAUCAGGACCACUGACUCUCCAGAGAAAUCCAUCAAUCUGUUUUACUGUCUGAAUGAACUGGGUGAUCAUUCACUAGUUGAGGAAAUACAACAGUAUCUGAAAUCUGGAACAAUAAAGGAAGCCAAGUUAUCUAAAUCUCUUUGGUCUGCUAUAGUUUUCGUGUUGUUGACAUCAGAGAAAAAGCUGGCUGAGUUUGAUAUUAGUAAAUUUGUUGGCGGAAACAAUGAAACGAACAAACUGGAGGUUUUUCAGAAGUUGCUGCCUGUGAUUAAAGAAUCCAGAUCAGUUCUGUUGUGUAAUUGUGGCAUCACAGAUGAAGGUUGUGCUGCUCUGGCUUCAGUUCUGAGAUCCAACCCCUCACACCUGAGACAACUGGAUCUGACUAGAAACAAACUAGGAGAUUCUGGAGUCACGCUGCUGUCUGCUGGACUAGAGGAUACCCACUGUAACCUGGAGAAACUGCGGUUGAGUUAUUGUGGCAUCACAGAUAAAGGUUGUGCUGCUCUGGCUUCAGCUCUGAGAUCAAACCCCUUACACCUGAGACAACUGGAUCUGUCUGGGAAUAAACUAGGGAAGUCAGUGAAUCUGCUCUCUGAUGUACUACUUCCUUACUGUACGCUGGAGAUACUGCGGUUGAGUGAUUGUGGCAUCACAGAUGAAGGUUUUGCUGCUCUGGCUUCAGAUCUGAGAUCAAACCCCUCACACCUGAGACAACUGGAUCUGAUUGGGAAUAAGCUAGGAAAUUCUGGAGUCGCGUUGCUGUCUGCUGUAUUGGAGGAUCCUCACUGUAAAAUGGAGAAACUGUGGUUAUGUAAUUGUGGCGUCACAAAUGAAGGUUGUGCUGCUCUGGCUUCAGCUCUGAGAUCAAACCCCUCAUACCUGAAACAUCUGGAUCUGACUGGGAAUAAACUACAAGAUACAGGAUUGAUGUUCAUCUGUUCUGUACUGGAGGAUCCUCACUGUAAACUGGAGACACUGUGGCUGAGUUAUUGUGGUGUCACAGAUGAAGGUUGCGCUGCUUUGGCUUCAGCUUUGAGAUCAAACCCCUCACAACUGACAGAACUGAAUCUGUCUUGGAAUAAGCUAGAAGAUUCUGGAGUCAUGCUGCUCUCUGCUGUACUGGAGGAUUCUCAGUGUAAACUGGAGAUACUGAGGUUGAGUUAUUGUGGCGUCACAGAAGAAGGUUGUGCUGCUCUGGCUUCAGCUCUGAGAUCAAACCCCUUACACCUGAAAGAACUGAAUCUGACUGGGAAUAAACUAGGAGAAUCAGGAGUGAAGUUACUCUCUGAUCUGAAGGAUGAUCCACAUGUUAAACUGGAGACAUUAGACUAUUGACUCUCAGUAUUUAGACGUCAGUCCAGUUUCCUCAGGAUCAGCUGAUGGUGAAGGAGCCACAGUCACAGUCACACAAUCAACACAGACUGAACAUACAGAGACACACAGCAUCAUACUCUCAUGUGUGUUGUGUUUCACUGAAAAUUAGCAAUUUGGAAUUGUUUUAAGUUCACUAGAUAUUGACUACAAUGUAGAUAUUGUAACACUCAAUACACACUGGUCACUUGGUCACUUCAUGCGUUUUCUCUGACUGGAUAGCUAUCUGAUCAUGAUAAACCAGGUGUAAAUGCCAUCUGAAACAUUUUCAAGAUGGAUUGAAAUCCAAUCACUCAAACCACUUUAGAAGAUGGUCUGGGAAGCAUUCCAGAUGAAACUCUGACAAGUGUAAAUGCAUCUGGUUGUUGAAACCACAUAUGUAAAUUUCACUCCUCCAAAUAUGUUAAAAAAAUAAAUGUGUGAAAGCAUGUUGUAGGUUAUAUGAUAUGUAUAGUCGGAUAUAAUACACUUUGCCAGAUUCGCCACAGAUGAGUAGCUGAGUAUCUCUUCAGAAAGCCGACAUGCAAAAUGUCUCAAAUGAAACUGAAAGUAUGUCGCAGACACUCAACACACAGUGAUCUUCAUUAAAAUGAUGCCGUGCUCUCUCCUGUUGUGGUCUUUGAUCUUAAAAUUAGCUGAUGAUGAAUCAGCUAAUAUCUGUUGCUUUAGUUGAUGUUAACUCCAUUAAAUCGGCAUAUAGCAUGGGAUUUGAAGAUCAGACUUACGUACAUUUUGCAGAGACACAUUUAUGUGGCCAGGUGUAAAUUAAACCAUUUAAAAAAAUUAGAUAGCCAUCCCAUUAGAGAAAAUGCUUGAAGUGAUCAGGUGUAAACAGGCCCUAAGUGAUCAAACCUCCCAUUUUAAUCAACAUGGACAUAAGUUAUUUAUUGUGCAAUACAAACAGGUUUUACUAUAAUGGGAGAAUGAAAUUCAUUUAUCAGUAUAAUCUUUGUUUGCCAAGUUUAAUUUGAGAAAAUCAAGAGUCUGACCAUUGUAAAUGUAUCUACACACCAUGAAAGUAUAUCGUUGCAGAAUUUUAGUGCAGUGGUUUUCAAACCCUGGGUUGCGUUCCUUUGGUGGGUCGUCAGGAUGAUUCAAGAAACAAGUAUAUAUGUAUGUAACCCAAGCUCAAGUUUCAGGGAGGAAGGAAGCCGAUUCCAUUGUGUAUCUGUCUUUCAGUGUUUCCCAUCUGGACAGCAUCAAAGGUUUCUAUUUACAAUGUGUUUUUGCAGCGUUGAACAUUGUAGCCGAUCACAGACAUAUCUGUUCAUUUCUGGGACACAAUGGCCAAUCAGAGGUGUUUCAGUUUGUUUUCAGUCAGAAUUCACUCAUUGGUCAAAAUGCCACUCAAAACGAGUUCAAGCUUUCAAAUCCUCUCAUUAUAACAAAUUGUUAACGCAAUGUAAAUAAGAGAUUAAUUGUGCAGUGUAGAGAGAUUCCUUCUUUAUAAUGGAAUUUUCUGAGAUCGCGAUAAUCUAUGAGAAGCUGUAACUCAUUUCAGUUUAUUAAUUUGUAACCGACCAUAGUGCGGUUACUUUAUUUUUAUUUUUGCCUUCGUUAUCAUCAUCAUCGAUGACUUUAAUUCGUGAAUUUGUGAAGUGAUUUAUUGUAUAAGUAUUGCAUCUUCUGAAUGAGUCCAGAAUGUCCCAAUCAAAAACACAGGUGAGGAAAGCUAAGAAACUCAUAUGUAAGCUGAUGCAUUUGAAAAAUAAUGCAAUUACCAACAAUAAACACCAUACAAAUGAAAACUACCUAAUGUUAAUGAGUGAAAUUUUGAUCUGUGAAGCUUUGGGUGUGUUGAUGGAAGCGGUCUACUGAAUCUAUGCUUUGAUCAUUGUCCUGAAUAUGAG